AUGAAACGACGUAAAUUGAUUCUCCGAAUUAGUAACCAUAGAAAAAGUUUCAAGAUGAAUUUGCUUGAUGAAUCUGUUAUUGUGUGUGAUACUCCCAAAAUUAAUAAAUCCUCUAAAAAAAUGAAUGGAUCAGUUCAAAAAAAUUUAUCAAGUCCAGUUAGAAGACAGACCAGAUCCCAAAGAAAACCAUUGUAUCCUGUUCACAUGAGUCCUGUCAAUCGCAAAAACAUGUGCUCUAGUAAAACACCCCAAUCAGUUACAAAAAAAAAACGUUUACACGAAGUCGAAAUUUUAUCAUCAAGGAAAAGACAAAAAACUUGUAUCAAUGAGACUAUUGUGAUAAGUGAUGAUGAUGAUAAUAAUAAUGAUAAUGAUAAUAAAAAUAAUGACAAAAGUCAUGAAUCCCAAAUGACUCAUAAAUUGAAGGAUACUCCUGAAGUAAUUGUCAUUGAUAAUUUUACUCCUAAUGUUAAUAAUAAAAGGUUAAGACCUCGUAAUAGUAAUGUAAAUAAUCAAGAAAUAAAGAGAAAGAAAAAAAUUGAGGAUAAAAUUAAAGAAAGAAAAAAAUUAAGGAAAAUUCAGAACAUGGAACGAACACGAAAUCGUGCUCGUAAAAAUAUUGAAGUAAGUAAGAAGCAAAAUGAAGACGUUGCUGUCAUCUGGUCUUCAGCUAAAGAUGAUAAUACUGCCCUAGAAAAUAACCAGAAAAUUAGUACAAAGAGUAAUUACGAAACUCCACAGCUGUUUUUUGUUGAUACGAAGGGGGAUAAUUCAAUUUGCGAGAAAAUGGCUUUGCCACCGCAAUCUGAAAUUUUAUAUACAGCAAAUAAAUUUACUAAAUUUGAUACAGCACCUACUACUUCUACUGCUACUAGUACAACUACUAAUACUAAUAAUACAGUAACAUCAGAACAAGCCAAAAGUAAUACAUCAGAUGAUCAAAAUAAUAAACAGAUUCAUAAAUUACGAGAAAUUAUAGUCGAUGGUCUUAAUGUUGCAUUUGGGUACUCACUUGGAAGAAAAAUCUUCGAAAAAAAUGGUUUACAAUUAGUCCUAGAUUAUUUUCAGGAUCGUGGACAUAAAGUCAAAAUUUUUUUGCCACAAAAUCAACGAAAUCGUUAUCGUGGUUUUCUUGAACAGUGGUAUCGUGAAGGCUUGGUUAUUUUUACACCUAGUAGAAAUAUUGGGGGGAAAAAAAUUGUACCAUAUGAUGACAGGUUUAUUUUGGACUAUGCAACCAAAUGUAAAGGAAUCGUGGUUUCUUCUGAUCAGUAUCGGGAUUUGUGGCACGAAAAACCUGAAUGGCGUGAGACCAUUGAGAAACGAUUGCUUGCACCAACAUUUGCCGGCGAGUACGUAAUGUUCCCAGAAGAUCCACUAGGCAGAGGUGGUCCAUCGCUGAAUGAGUUUCUUAAGCAUUAA